UUUUCAGAUUCUUCGCUGAUUUUUGCGUGAUUGUGAGUGGGCCGUGAUUGUUGUCAAUGACAUUGAAUUUUCUAAAACAUGGAGCGGCAAUACAAACCGCCUAUGAUCGAGUUGCCAAAUCGAAAACAAAUGAUGAAUGGUUUAUACUCGACUAUGAGGGAAACACAAAUGUCAUAAAAGUUGGCGAGGAAGGUGAUUACGGUAUCGAUGAGUUUUGCACAAGUUUCAACUCGGGAAGACUGCAAUACGGCGUCAUUGGCGUUAGACUCGCAAAAACCUCGUUAACUAAAAUUGUCCUUGUGCACUGGCAAGGCGAGGGUGUUCCAUCUGCACGAGUGGCUUCAAGCACAUCGCACAUUGAUGACGUGCGAAGAUUUUUGAAGUCGGUGCAUGUUGUGCAUUAUGCACGAAGCGAGAUCGAUGUUGAACCGGAUGUCAUUCGAAAAGAAGUUGCGAAACUACCCGCUACGCAUGCGGUUACUGAUGAGACAACAUAUUACUCGGCGCCCACGCCAGUAGGAUCAGUGUAUAAACCAGUCAAGCCUCAUGUGGAUAUCAAUGUAAAGGAACGGGACGAGUUUUGGGAACACCUGAGAAAAGAAGAGUCUAGCAACAAAGGAGAAAAUGGAGUGGAAGAGAGAAAACGAGUGGAAUCAGCCGAACGAGAGAUUCGGGAAUCCCGAAAGGCUGACGAAAAGCCGCGAAAGGAAGAACAUGGCACAAAGUCUGUCGGAACAUGGAACAAUAAUACGCAAAAGCCCCAAAAGUUUGGAGCUGCGACCGCUGCUUCAACUCUAAGUAACGCUGGUCAUCAUGAUGAAAUACGCACCGUAAUCAAAAAUGCCAAUCCGAUGGAAAAACCUCAUAGGACUGUGGUAACUGGGCCUAGCAAACUACGAUCUGAUCGGCUAGGAAUGUUUGAAAAGAAAGAUGAGGUUAUCCCUAGUCCAACAGUAAAACCAGCUCCAUUCCAUAGCCAAAAUGUGAAGAAAACGGAUUCGUUCCAACCAUUAGCUUCCCCAGUGCUUUCAUCAGGAACUGUGUCUCCAUCGCAUGACAGCGUAAGUUCAAGUGGUGGACUCUCAUCGUUUUACUCACCGAACGAUUCUGGCUAUGAAGCUGGCGCAAGUGAGUCCCCCAAACCACAUGAUUAUCACGCUCCUUACGAACCACAAACUUCUAUUCCUAGUGAACCACAAACUUCUAUUUCGACAAAUAAGUUCAAAUCUUCAGCUAGUACUCGUGAUGAGGAACCAGAAGAACCUAAAGUUCCUUACGGAGCCAAAAACUCGAAUAAAAUAUCGCUGUAUGACACACCACCCGAGGUACCUGACAUAUCUAAAGGUUUAAGUGCCAUCGCUUUGUGGGAUUAUCAAGCCGCUGACAGCACAGAAAUCUCGUUUGAUCCAGAUGAUUAUAUCACGGAAAUAGAUCAGAUUGAUCCCGGAUGGUGGAGAGGACGAGGUCCGAAUGGUGAUGUCGGACUAUUCCCAGCAAACUACGUAAAGCUGCUCUAACUUAUGUGACUCGCUUUCCAAAUGCUCAUUUUCCAUAAUUUUCUCAUGUUUUCUACUUUCCUAGCUUAUUGACAUUUCUUGUGAUAUUUGUGAUGGUUGUGUUAGCAUUCCUAACUACGAUUCACAUUCUUCUGUUUGUAAGCGUUAAGAAUACAUCAAAACUGGGAGCUUUCUUGUCAUGUUCGCUUUUUUUUGUAAAACUGUCAUUAGUCAUCAAUACUUAUCUGCCCGAGUGAUUGCGCUCUACUAGUUUCAAAGCUAUAUAUGUUAAUUUGCUAUGUAUUGUGCCAUUUUCUAGAUUUUAUAUCCACAGCUUAUGUACGGUGGCGGUAGAUUUCAACUACUAAUAACUUUUUAUCAUAAAAA